AUGGCGGAUCAAGAUACCUCGUCAGUCCCCUCCUCUGGAUCCUCAAACCCCUUCUCCAAGUCCUCGAAUCCAUCCACCAACUCUUCCCAGCCCGAACGAUCCACUGCAUCCUGUGAAGAAGACUUUAGGUUCCUCAGCCUGGCCGACAUCAAAUCCGAACACCACGGUUUCCAAAACCGAGCCAAGUGGGAGACCUGUCACAUCGCCUUCUGCGCCACCCCGAGCUUCCUGCGCCGCGGAGAACCCAACCAGGGCCUACGCAGCCGAAUGAGCUGCCACGGCCACAUCGCCCGCCACGGCACCCUCGAAACAGUAUACAUCGGCAUCGGAAUCAAAUACAACGACGACCCCCUCGAAACCGAGCUGCUCUUUGUCUUCGACGUCCCCGACAGCACCACCGCGCGCACGAUCGUCCACCAGUGCGUCGAUGUCUACAAAAACCAAGACUGGCUGCAGUUUCUCGCCCUGCUGGAGCCCGUCCGCGAGCCGCUCUACGAGAUGGUCCAGGGCGACUGCCGUCUGAAUAACCUCGAACCCGACCUUCCUGGCCCGGUGCGGAUACACUGGGAGCAGCUGGAGGCGGUCGUGGCGGAUGUGCCGGUUUAUGCCUUGGCGGAGGUGGAUGCGUUCGAGGAGAUUGCGCGGUACAAGGCGUACAAAGUGGUGAUUGAGGGGGAGACGUACGUGUAUAAGCUGGCGCAGAACACGGGGAUGCUCCGUCGGGAGGUUGAGUUGUUGCGCACGAUGCAUGAGUUGCGUGAGAAGGAGGGGUGCAAGCUCCGCACGCCGGAGUUGGUAGGAAUGAUCGGGAUGGACUCGGAGUACCCCGGGAUUCUGACGACGUAUAUCCCCUCGCCGGUCUCGCUGAGCUAUUUGGUUGAAUGUGAGCCCCGGGUGAGCCGUGCGGAGCGGCAGAAGUGGUACAGCCAGAUCUCCGAGACGGUGCGGAAUCUGCAUGAGAAUGGGUACUGCUGGGGCGAUGCUAAGCCUGAUAAUGUGGUCAUCGAUGCGGAUCGCGAGGCGUGGGUGGUCGACUUUGAUGGUGGGUAUACUGCCGGUUGGGUCGAUGAGGAGUUAGCGAAUACUGUAGCGGGAGACUUGCAAGGGUUGGAGAGGAUUCAUUCUUACCUGAAAUUGUGAGGUCGGCUGUGUACCUCCCUCCCUGUAUAUCCAUCCAUGGUGUGCUUGGAGUUGUAUCUUCUGC